GGGGCGCUAACACAUCACUUGCAACCUGCGACAAAGAGCUCUGCGGUCUGCAAUCACGUCGACGUGCUUAAGCAAACAGGACAAAGGUUGCCGAGCGACAUGGAGCGGCACGGAGAUCAAGACCAAACCAAGAAAAUGUUUGACCAAACCGAGAAGAUUCAAGACCAAACCGAGAAGAAUCAAGACCAAACCAAUAAGAUUCAGGAUCAAACCAAGACGAUUCUGUGCGUCGGCCUCGUUUGUCUGGACAUCAUCAGCGUGGUGGACACGUUUCCCCAAGAAGAUUCAGACAGCAGGUGCGUGUCACAGCGAUGGCAGCGAGGCGGCAAUGCGUCCAAUUCGUGCACAGUUUUGUCGCUUCUGGGAUCGCCGUGCGCAUUUAUGGGAUCGCUUUGUGCUGGACCUGUGGCCAGAGGUUCCAGGUGGAGGUGCAACAGCUGCGCGAGCGGGCUGGCGGCGUCACGCCAUGCUCGCUCGUCAUCUUCAACGCUGCCACAGGAAGUCGCACCGUCCUGCACAUGAACAGUUUCAUCGUUGACGACUUCUCGCGUCGGGGCAUCGACAGCUCGCAGGUGGCGUGGCAGCAGACGGGCCAAACUCCCAGCGCCUGUUGCGUGGUUUGCCCGUCCAGCGGUUCUCGCACCGUCCUCCUGGCCGACACCAACAUCCGAGACGUGACGUCGGGCGACUUCAGCCGGCUGGACCUGACCACCUUCAAGUGGAUCCACUGGGAGGGGCGCAACGCCGAGCAGCAGCUGAAGAUGAUGGCGGCGGUGGUCCGACACAACGCCGCGUUGCCACGCCGUCUCUCUGUGGAGAUUGAGAAGCCUCGAGAGGAACUGUAUCAGCUCUUCCCGCACGCCGACGUGGUAUUUGUGAGCAAGGACGUGGCUCGACACCUGGGCUUCACUACGCCUCAAAGCGCUCUCCAAGGACUCCGAGGACGCCUCCGAGCUGGCGCUGUCCUGAUCUGCGCUUGGGCCGAGAAAGGAGCGGACGCCGUAGACGCCGAUGGAACACUGCUCCAUUCCGACGCCUUCCCCCCCAAGCGCGUGCUGGACACGCUGGGGGCCGGAGAUACCUUCAACGCCGCCGUCAUACACAAGCUGGCCAACGGUUGCAGUCUGCAGGACGCGCUGACUUUCGGCUGCAGGGUGGCGGGUGCCAAGUGCGGUUUCCACGGUUACGAUGCCAUAGCUGACCUACUGACGCAAAUGUGACGUUGAUUGGUGGCGACGAGCCGUCAUGCUUAAUUAAGGAUCAAUAAAUUGCUGCAAAACGUG